AUGCCGGAAAGGGUGGGCUUCGUCGUCCUGACCUCCCUCACCCUGGAGCCCAAAACCAUCGCGAUAGCGCUAGCUCCGUUCUUGGGCCUCAACAUCGUCGUAGUGGGCUUGUGGGGGUACCUCAGCUGGUCAGACCCAGCGGGGGAGGGCGGGUGCACCCUAGGGAGGAAGCGAGCGGAAACGCCUCACUACUGCAACUACUGCCGGAAGACGGUGCGGGGUUUCGACCACCACUGCAGCUGGUGA